AUGGACGUCUCGGUAGACUCGGAUAUCCUCAAGCAACUCAACACGGCUGAAGCCAAGGACCUGCACGACAUCAGCGACAGCUUGAGUGCGUGUGGUGUCGGCAAAAUCGUCAAUCUCCCUCAAAUCAUCGUCGUCGGGGAGCAGUCGGCAGGCAAGUCGUCGGUACUAGAGGCCAUCUCCCAUGUCCGCUUUCCUGUUCAAGGCGGUCUCUGUACUCGCUUUGCGACAGAGCUGGUCCUCCGUCAAGCACCCGAGACCCGUGUCGACGUCAGUGUGAGGUUUGCCGACGAAACAAAGAAGCCUCAAGCCUUUCAGAGAACCGGCUUCCGCGAGGAUGAUCUUCCAGAUAUCAUCAAAGAAGCCCAAGAAUGCAUGGGUUUUACUCGGGCUGGGAGGGACUUCUCCAAGGAUGUCCUACGCCUUGAAAUCCAAGGACCUGGCAUGUAUCCCUUGACGUUGGUCGAUCUUCCAGGCCUCUUCCACGCAGAAACUGAGACACAAUCUCUUGCUGGGAAGGAGACCGUUGAUCAGCUUGUUGAAUCCUACAUGAAACAGAAGAACAGCAUCAUUCUAGUGGUGGUCUCGGCAAACUCUCAGCUCGCUAGUCACGUGGCCCUCCGCAGAGUCAAAGAGAUGGACCCAAAGCGACAGCGCACCAUUGGCGUUAUUACCAAGCCGGACCUCACUCACCCUGGGCUCGACGAUGAGAAGACGUAUAUCAGGGUUGCCAGGAACCAGGAGAGCGCAAACAAACUUCAACUUGGCUGGCACGUCCUUCGCAACAGAUCGGAAAAGGAGGUCAGUUUGGAGGCCCGGGAUGAGGUCGAGGAGGAGUUCUUCAAGUCUGGUGCCUGGGCAACGAUUCCUGAGAACGACCGCGGCAUUGCAAACCUACGAAGGAAACUGAGUAAGGUCUUGUAUGACCACAUUCGCAACAGCCUUCCAAGUGUCGUCGAGGAUAUUGAGAACAGUCUCAGAGAACGACAGGAACAGCUCGACAGGCUUGGCAAGCCGAGGGCCGAUGACGCCGAAAAGAGGCUGUUCUUGGUCUCGAUCGCCGGCGAGUUCCAACGACUAGCAAGAGAUGGGAUCCACGGCCGUUACAACGAGCAUCGUUUCUUUGGAGAUUUGGAGGCCGAAGACCGUAAACUCCGUGCACAGCUGCGGAGCUUCAACCGCGCGUUUGAUUACAUCCUCAAGACCAAGGGAUCCAAACAGUUGAUCGUGGCGGAUGACCAGGAGACUCAACAGGAGGCCGAGUACCCUGACUAUCUCGAGGCCUUUUUGGGGCAAUAUGACUUUCCGGACCCAGAGAUGAUUACCGCGACAGAGCUAAACGCGCAGCUUGAGAAGCAUGCCGCAGCAAACCAGGGCCGAGAACUUCCAGGAUCAUCAAACCCGGAUCUUGCAAUUCAGCUCUUUAAGAGGCAGGCGACGCCAUGGAAAGAGAUUGCCGAGUGCCACAUCAGACAGGUCAUCGACAUUGCCAAGGCUUUUGUGGACGACCUAUUCAGCCAUGUCGCCGGACCACCAGGCAUCAACCGAACGACGGAGGCUAUCCUGACGACAUGCGUGGAUCCCUUCUUUGAAGAGAAGGAGAAGCUACUACAGGACAAACUGGAAGAACUCCUUCGACCCUAUGUUGAAGGCUAUGCCCUUCCUCCGGACGUGGAUUUCUAUGGCUCCCUGUCCCAAAGAGCCAUGAGCCGCUUUGCAAGUCAGCUUUGCGGUGCAUUGCAGGACCAACAUCCCGAGUUGUUCAACAAGGGUGCCCAGUUAGAGUUGAAGCCAUGGAUGAUCACUCGGGCCAUGGAACAAGAGGCUGAACAAGGUGAAUUUGGCACAGAAAAGGUCAUUGACAUGAUGCAGGCUUACUACGAGAUGUCUCGACGUACCUUUACCGACAAUGUCAUCAACCUGGCCAUCGAGAGCUGCCUCGUGUGUGACAUCCCCAAUAUUCUCACUCCAACAGAGGUCAACUGCAUGAGUGAUGAAAGGCUAUCUGAGUUGGCCGAUGAGUCAGAAAACACCGUUUCCCAGAGGGAAACACUCCGGGAAGAGGUCAAGAUCUUGAGCCAAGGUCUUGCGCUGUGUCGACGCUAUAGACCCAGGCCAUCCACGGUACGUCCUACACCUAAGGUGAAACUCUCAGCAUCGGCUCAGGGAAAGGUUCCUGCAGCAAAACCAGCGACCAAACCCGUGGCGGCUAUUGAACCGGCACCCAUCAGCACUUUGGUCUAUAACACAGGCCUGGAUGCUCUAAAGAAAGAGAUAGGUGCGGCAUUGGCGACAGACGCAAACCACACGAAUGAGCCCGCUCCCGCUGCCAAGUCCAACAAUAUUCUAGCCACCACGGCUGUUGCGCAAGCUCAGAAGCUUGGGAAUCCAGUCUCUUCGCUUUUCAGCCAGAGCACUAGCGCAGCUACAAAUGGAUCGGCUUCCAAACCUGUGACCUCGUCGCUUUUCAGCCAAAGCACCGGCUCAACUUCUGCAAGCCCGGCCACCAAGCCAACUGCUUCAGGUGGUGGACUUUUUGGUGGAAGUGCUAGCUCGUCGACCAAACCCGCAGUUCCGUUUUCUUCUGGUUUCGGCUCAGGUGGGCUCUUCGGCGGAGGUAGCAGCUCGGCGUCCAUACCUGCAACUUCAUCCCCUUCGGGUUUCGGCUCAGGCGGGCUUUUCGGCGGAGGUGCGGCCAAGCCAACAACUCCAGCCGCUUCGCCAAGUCGGCCUUUGGGGAUUGCCAAACCAAUCGAACGUACGCAGACCAGUCAAGAUAUAUCCCGUACGUCUUGA